AUGGGGGCGGGGGCCACUGGAGGCAGCAUUUCCUCUGAGCAGCACACUGAGUCAGGGUGGAGGGAGCCUGGCUGGACCCGGCGCCUGGCUGGAAGGGGCAGCCCUGGAGGAUUCUGGAGGCAGUGGGGCUUAAGGGUAAGCACCAGUUCCAUUGAGGGGCCAUCAUCCUCUGGGUCCAUGUGCCCUCCAGGGGACCCUGUGAAGCUGGGCCACACCAUGAUGGAGAAGCUAGAGCCUGUGCCUACCCUACCCUGCUCAGCUCCCUCUCCAACAACCAGCAGUCUCUCCCCCGUGUCUGAGCCUGAGCCAGGCACCCCGCAGGAUGGGGACAACGGUCACCCUGCCUCAUCCCCAACAUCCCUCAAGCUGCCUUCCCAUGUACCCGUCAUCAGCCUGGGCCACAGCAAGCCACCAGCCAUGGCUACCACUGAACUAACCACACCUCCCUCACUGCCCACACUAGUCCCGCUCUCUGCCCUGACAGCUGGCCCGCCCCCACUGGCCUUGGGUGGCCUGCUCCCGACACACUACCACCCACACCCCUUUCUAAGCAGCGUCUACAUCGGCACAACUGGCUCCUUCAGCAUCUUCCCCAGCAGCCGACUGAAGCGGAGGCCCAGCCAUUGUGAGCCUGACCUCAAUGAAGGGCACCAGCCCCUGAAGGUGGCUCGCCGCGUGUUCACCAACAGCCGAGAACGCUGGCGGCAGCAGAACGUGAACGGAGCCUUCGCGGAGCUGCGCAAGCUGCUGCCCACGCACCCGCCCGAUCGGAAACUGAGCAAAAACGAGGUGCUCCGUCUCGCCCUCAAGUACAUUGGCUUCCUGGGCCGCCUGCUGCGGGACCAAGCGGCAGCCCUGAGCCCCGGCCCCGGCCCGGCCCCGGCCCUACCUGGGGUGACUCCGCGCAAACGGGAGCGCAGUGGUGCGAGCACGAGCGUAGGCGAAGGCACGCGCCGAGUGCUGGGGCGCAGGGCUGAGGCCGUGCACUCCCCUCCAGCGCCCCCGCCCCCACCUGCUUCUCCCCACCCAGAGGGAGAUGAGCCGCCCAUCAAGAGCGAGUGCUCGCUGAGGGACAGGACGACCGUGGGGUGCGAGGCUCGGUGACCCCCGCGGGAAGGGAUGGGAGGGAUACUACAAGUGGCGUCUGAGCGGACCACAAGAAGGACGUGGCCCCUGAGGAGAGAAGGGGCCUCGGAGAACAGACCCUUCCCGGACUGUCCUGAAUAUCACCAUCCCCUCCCCUCCCCCGUCAAUCCCCUGGGUCAAAUGGAUCCACGUGGGAAGAGGGACGGAGAUGGGCAGAGGUCGUCGGUGGGGAGAAAUGGAUGCCCUGGCUGCUGGCGGGGGCGGGGAACUGGUCUCUAGGCUGGCUGCCCAGGUACAUGGUGGGGGAAGAUGGGCGAAAGGCCAUCCAGUGUCUCCAGAGAUCGGGGUAUGACGUUAUCUCUUUUAGCCCUCCCCCCCCCCCCACACACACACGCAGUCUACUUUAAUCUGUUUUGCAGUCGGCCCAGCCCAUCUACCUAAAUGUCCUCCUCCCGGGAGCACGUUUCUUUGGAGGUUGGGAUCCGUCACGAAGAACAAAGCAGAC